AUGGCCGUGCUUAUUUGGGACGGCGCACUGAUGAUGAGAAGAGAAUUUCGAUCGAUGCAAAAGAUCAAGAGUGUCGUCCUCAAACUCGCUUUUGCGGGCAACAGGCUCGGAGCCAUGAUGAUGCUUAUCCCAUUCUUCAGAAUCAUGUUCUCUAGUAUUACUUUGGAUAACGCAAGGGUAAAUGGAGUACUUGCCAUUGGAAUACUCUUCGUUUUCGCAGAUGCUUUCGGAAACCUCUCCGCCGUAGGCAGAAUAUUUUUACUGUGGAACAAAAGUCCGAGGGCCCUUCUCUAUCUAAUAUCAGGCGCUCUAGUAGCAUUGUGCUGUAAUCUAGCUCUCAUGGUUGCCAACAACCAUUCUGCCCCGGAGAACAUGGAAUGGGUAGACACACAGGGAAUACGCACAUGCUUGAUAAACGGAGACUGGCACAACUUCUUUAUCACCGGAAUAUUCAUCAUCGAGCUUGUAUUUGAUUUGUACGCAGCAUUGCUGAUCUGGGUUAACGUGAUGGAUAUUCCGAGAACAAGUAACUCACAGAUAAUCGGACUUCUCCACAAGCAAGGACUGUGCUUCAUGGCGGUGACGCUGCGUAUCGUCAAUCUUGUGCUAACCAUAGUCCCGGGGAGCUAUUGGGUGAUUGCUAUCAUCUUUGUUGAACCAGUCAUCGCUAUGUUAAACGCGAGGCUGAUUGUUCGAGCUUGCGAGUUCUACGAAGACAUGCAAUCCGAUGAUAAGGAAGCUAACUCUGAAGGGGUGGAGUUGGAGUCUUCAAGCGAGAAUUAUAUGGCUAUAAUCUUGUGCUCGUUUGAUUUGAGCCCCGAGUUGGUAUAA